AUGGCUGCUGAAAAGAUCCUAAAACCAGAAUCCCAAUUGAAGAAGGCUAAGUACGACGAAAAGAAGUCCGAAGAAUUCUUGAAGGCUAGAGCUGCUCGUAGAGUUGCUAACAAGCAAAAGAGAGCUGCCAUCUUGGAAAGAAACGCUGCCCACCAAAAGGAAUACGAGGCUGCUGAAAGAGCUGUCAUCGAUGCCAAGCGUGAGGCUAAGGCUUCUGGUUCUUACUACGUCGAAGCUCAACCAAAGUUGGUCUUCGUUGUCAGAAUCAAGGGUAUCAACAAGAUCCCACCAAAGCCAAGAAAGGUUCUACAAUUGUUGAGAUUGACUCAAAUCAACUCUGGUACUUUCGUCAAGGUCACCAAGGCUACUUCUGAAUUGUUGAAGUUGAUUGAACCAUACGUUGCUUACGGUUACCCAUCUUACUCCACUGUUAGACAAUUGGUCUACAAGAGAGGUCACGGUAAGAUCAACAAGCAAAGAAUUGCUUUGUCUGACAACGCUAUCGUCGAAGCCAACUUGGGUAAGUUCGGUAUCUUGUCCAUCGAUGACUUGAUCCACGAAAUCGUCACCGUCGGUCCACACUUCAAGCAAGCUAACAACUUCUUGUGGCCAUUCAAGUUGUCUAACCCAUCUGGUGGUUGGGGUGUUCCAAGAAAGUUCAAGCACUUUAUCCAAGGUGGUGCUUUCGGUAACCGUGAACAAUUCAUCAACAAGUUGGUUAAGGCCAUGAACUAA